AUGACGUAUCCAAUUGGGAAAGUUAAACUAUUAUAUGUUAAAUCAAAAGUCUAUGUUCAUCCAUCUAAAAAUUCCAAAUUAGAAAAUAUACCAGGAUAUUUAUAUUUCACUCAUGAACAAGGGGCACAGGAUAAAGAUAUCUUGUUUGGUUGGAUACCUGAAAGUAUCGUAUCUGAAGAUGAUAAACCAAUUUUUGAUAAAGUUGAUUUAGAUAAUGUAACAGAUGAUAAGAAAAAUUUUGUUAGAAGACCUUCAUUACUUGGAUCUUUUGCAUUUGGAAUCACUAUAAGGAAUUUGUUUUCAAUUCAAAUUAGACCUCCUUCCUUAGGUUGGUGGUAUGGUUCAAUUGUUAUCAAUACUAAAACUUCAUCAGAUAGAUUACCAAUUUUAUUCUUUCAUGAUGAUGAAUGUCCAAGUACCAAAAAUGAACAAAAUAGAAAAAAUAAAGAUUUUGAUCCUUUUAGUGCUGAUAAUGGAUUAUUUUGGGGUGGUUUACAAAUGUUGGAAUUUUUAGGUUCAAGAGCAGUUGUGGAGAAGAGUACAUUAGAAGAAUCAAUCUUACUUAUAAAUCCAUCAUUAACAGAUUUAAAUAAUUUCAGUCCAACAAAUGUUCAAAAUCCUACUAAAUCCAGUAAAUCUGGUGAAUCUUUCAAUUUUAAUAAAUUUAUAAAUGAUACAAGAUGGUCAGUAUUAGAAACAUUAGCAAAAGUUACCAAAUUCACCAAAAAUUCAGUUGAUACUGUUCUUGAUGAAUCACCAGCUCCAAUUAAAAAAUUAUUAAAAAAUCCAGAAGUUCAAAGAGUUAAUGAAGAUUUUGAUACCGCAAGAGUUUAUCUAGCUAAAUGGGCAAUGGGUGUCCAAGAAGAAGCUGCUAAAACAAGAAAACAAAUCAUCUUGGAUCAAAAUUCAAGAGAUGUGUUGGCAAAAGAAUUAGGAUUGAAUUUUGAUAAAUUAUUACCAGAAGAAGUACUUAAUGCACAUGAACGUCAUAGAGAAGUUGGUAAAAUUGAAUGGGAUUCAUUUUUCGAUAAAUCUGGAAGAUUAAAUAUUACUGUUAAUGAAGUUAAAGAUAGAAUAUUCCAUGGUGGAUUAAGCAAUGAAGUUAGACCUGAAGCAUGGUUAUUCUUAUUAGAAGUUGUACCAUGGGAUACUUCUUCAGAAGAACGGAAAGAUAUAAUUGAAGUACUUAGAGUUGAAUACGAAGCAAUCAAAAUGAAAUGGGAAAGAAAUGAAAGAUUAUGGAAAGAUGAAUAUUAUAAAGAUCAAAAAUUUAGAAUUGAAAAAGAUAUUCAAAGAACUGAUCGUCAUUUAGAAAUUUUUAAAAAUCCAAAUCAUGAACCACAAGAAGGUGAAGAUGAUGAUGAUUUUGAUGUUUCAAAUGUUAAAAAUCCACAUUUAAAAAUCUUGAGAGAAAUUUUAUUAACUUUUAAUCAAUACAAUGAUAAAUUAGGUUAUGUUCAAGGUAUGACUGAUUUAUUAUCACCAUUAUAUGUUGUUUUACAAGAUGAUGCAUUAACAUUCCAUUGUUUUGUUAAGUUUAUGGAUCGUAUGGAGAGAAAUUUCUUAAGUGAUCAAAGUGGUAUGAGAGAUCAAAUGAAUACAUUGAAUGAAUUAGUUCAAUUUAUGUUACCCAAUUUAUAUGUUCAUUUAGAAAAAUGUGAUUCAAAUAAUUUAUUCUUUUUCUUUAGAAUGUUGUUAGUUUGGUUCAAAAGAGAAUUACCAUGGGAUGAUGUAUUAAGAUUAUGGGAAAUUUUAUGGACAGAUUUAUAUUCUUCACAAUUUCAUUUAUUCUUUGCCCUAUCGAUAUUACAAAAAAAUGAAAAAAUCAUUAUUGAUCAUUUAAGACAAUUUGAUGAAGUAUUGAAAUAUAUUAAUGAUUUAUCAAUGACUUAUAAUUUGAAUGAUCAAAUAACAAGAAGUGAAUUAUUAUUCUUGAAAUUUAGAAAAAUGGUUGAAAUCAUGGAUGUUCAAAAAGAUAAAGAUGGUUCAAUAAGUCCAGUUAAUGAUAAAUUAAGAUUAUUAUUGAGUAAGAAGUUGGUGAUUCAAAAAGAGAAGGAAAGAGUUCAAGGUUGA